AAUUUGGAGAUAUUAGUGGCAGUUGUUUCACAAUAAGUGGGGAGGCCGUUUUUUAAUAUUGUGCCAGGGGUGGAGCAAAUAUUGACAAAUUUUAGGAAGACCUUGUGCAAUUUUAAAAAUUAUUAUAUUUUUUUAUUAGUUUUGUAUCUUUAAACACCUAGCAUAUAUUAAGUAAUUUAGUAUUAAGAACCUUUAUUUUCGGGGCCCUAUGCAGUUGAACAUGUUCAGAACCUUUUUGUAUUGUGCAGUAGUCAAUAAGUUUUUUUUUUCUUUCUUUUAUUUUGUUAUAAAUGGGUUGAGCUUGUGAGAGACGUCUUUCAAAGAAGUUGUGUUAUGGUAACCUUUACUCAUUUAUUUAUUUAUUUAAUCAUUAAUGAUACCUUUAUACCCUUUGAGUUCCCGUUGACCUUAACUCUUAAUCAAGGGGCUUUUUUUAAGCUUCUCAACUGUUUUGCUUGGUUGCCAAGCAGAGAACUUCCAUGACCCUAAAAUAACUGCCCAUCAUUUACCACCACUCUCCCUAAGACCCAUGAUAUCCCCCCUUCUCUAGAAUAACUUCCCAUUGAUUCUUAUAAAUAAAACCUACCAACUCCAUUUUAAAGGGGGGCUCAUGAUUCUAUAACAAAAACUCUGCCCAAACUGUUACUCUCUGAAAACUUGAAUACAAUCCUCCAACUUCUCCAUUAAUUUACCUUGCAUUCAAGUUAAUAUUACUUACUCAUUGAUCUCAUCACCGAUCUGACUUGAGCAUUGAAGGGGUUUUCCGGGAGAUCACGCAUCGGACAAGGGUAACGUGUGGUGGUGUAGGAAUUUAGGUCACAUUGGUGAAAGAACUACUUCACAUCUCCAGGUCGUGGACAAGUGAUUUCUACAACAUUUCAUAUUCAGGUAUUUUAAGUGCCUUUGUACUUCCUUAUUUCAUUAUUGAAACAGGUUGUAUUCCACAAGAGCUGUUGUUUUAUAUUUGGGUCAUCUUGUAUAAGAUCGUAAUACUAAAGACAUGUCUAUAUAAUUAGUUUAUUACUCUAAUUGAUCACUUUAAUACAUAGAUGAGUCCACUAUUACCAUGUAUACAACUGCAUUAUCUUUUGCAUACAAGUAUACAACACUACCGUGCAAGCUUAUUUUAGAUUGGUCAAAUGUAUCUUUUAUUAAAUGUAGAAAACUCCCAACUGUACCCAAACAAAUAAAUAUCUCUAUGUACGACUAUAGCAGUUGUAAUAUGACCAACAAAGACCACAAUAAACGAACCCAAAAUAUCUAAGCUUUUAAAAACAAAACAAUGGGUAUGCAAUAAUGCAUAUCACUAUAUAUACUAUAGUCUUAGCAGCAUGAUUCUCUAAACUUGUAAACAUCCCAUUCAUAUGUUUCACCUACAAAAUACAAAGCCAUUCAUGUUAAGCUUAACAAAGAUUAUCCCCCAUAUCUACUCCAUAAUCUUGUUUAUUAGCACAUAUAAUCCCUCAUUAGUGGAACCUUGUCAUCCUAUAGACAAAGAAGCCUUACUUGAUUUCAAGCACAGAAUCAAACAUGACCCAACAAACCUAUUAAGUACAUGGCUGCCCGACACCGACUGUUGCGCAACAUGGCAUGGCGUCUACUGCGACCCUAUGCACGGCCGUGUUGUUAAACUUUCUUUUCACGACCCUGACGAUUUUAAAUACCCUAACCACAUUUAUCUUUCGGGUACAUUAUCCCCUUUUCUUGGCAACCUUACCUUUCUCGAACAACUUGACCUUAGUACCUGUAAAGAACUAAGUGGUGCAAUUCCUACUCAGUUGGGUAAGCUAUCUCAUUUAACUACUCUUUUUCUAUACAACAAUAAGCUAAAUGGUUCAAUACCCAUCUCUAUUGGUUAUGUCAAUACGUUACAACAACUCGAUCUUAGUUCAAAUACUUUAUCUGGUACCAUACCCGACUCUAUUUUUCAUUCGUUUACAUCUCUAACAUAUUUGAUUUUGUCCAAUAAUGAGUUUAGCGGUCCGAUUCCAUCCUCAAUCGUCAAUAUGAGAUCACUUACAUAUCUUGAUCUAGGAGAGAACAAAUUUUCGGGUAACAUUCCUAAAAAUAUUGGAAAACUAGAGAGUCUCUAUUUUAUAUCUUUGUAUAAUAACCAAAUUAGUGGUAAUAUACCUAAUUCCAUAGGUAAACUAUCCCAAUUACAAUAUUUAAGAAUGUACAACAAUGGACUUAAUGGCCCAAUCCCAUCAACAAUAGGUCAACUUAUUUCUUUGCGAGAUUUGGAAUUGAAUAAUAAUUCAUUAACAGGUAUUUUACCAGAUUCCAUUGGUAAUCUUUUAAAUAUUACCCAAAUUUUCUUACAGGAUAAUAUGCUAACAGGAUAUAUCCCUUCAAGUCUCGGAAAUUUAACUACAUUAUCCUACUUAUACUUACAAAACAAUCAAUUCAUAGGGCCACUACCUCCUCAAUUAUGUCAAAUGAAUUUACAAUAUCUAGAUUUGUCAAAUAACCCAUUUUCUUUGGGUAACAUACCCGAUUGGUUGUCGAAUUGCUCACUUUUAUCAUUAAAUUUAGCCAAAACUGGGAUUAAUGGGUACCUACCAAAAUGGCUAUCUUCAUCAAAUAUAGACCACCUUGAUUUGUCGAACAAUGAAAUCGAAGGGAAGUUGCCUAAAUGGAUAGGGAACAUGACCAAUUUAAACCACCUUAACAUAUCCAACAAUAAAUUUUACUCUACUAUCCCAAAUGAGUUCAAGAAUCUUUCUUUACUUAUGACUCUUGAUCUUCACUCAAACAAUUUUACCGGGUCAUUGGAGUCUAUUUUUGAUAAGAUUACAUAUGAGACUCUUGGGUGGUAUGAUUUCUUGGACGUGUCAAGUAACAUGUUUACGGGUCCAAUCGACAUGAACAUAGGUAAUAAGCCGGCUAUACAGUUCAUUACUUCCUUAAUUUUGUCGAAUAAUCCUUUGGGGGGGAACAUACCCAAAUCACUUGCUAAUUUGGUACAGUUCCAAGAUUUGGAAUUAGAGGGUAACAAGCUUUCAGGGCCAAUUCCAAAAGAAAUUGGAAGUAAUAAAGAAUUGUCGUCGAUUAAACUGUCGAGAAAUUACUUAACUGGAAGUAUUCCAAGGAAAGUAUUGAAUUUGGAAGGGUUGCAAGAGUUUGAUGUUUCGUAUAAUAUGUUAAGUGGGGAGAUUCCAUCUCAUAAGGGUGAUUUUCCUGUUUCUUCGUUUUUGGGUAAUCCUGGUCUUUGUGGUAAUCCAUUACCUCUUUGUAAGCAUUAAGAAUAAGCAUUUCGUUUUGUAAGAGACCGUUUUAUCAUUGGAUGGAACCAUAUAAUUAAUCUAUUUAUGUAAUUUAUUAUUUUAAAAUUGUAAUUAAUCACUUUUACACACUAUAUGUAUGUGAGUCUGCCUAAUAGAGAUGGUUUUACCAAGAGGCCGUCUCAUUGAAAAAUUUAUAAUAAAAUUUUUUUUCUAAAUGAAUGUAAGCAAAGAGUUGUAAUCAACAUAGAAAUAUUAGCAUUUUGUUUGAAUAACAAUCUAAUAGGAAAAACAAAUAAAGAGAAAUGAAAGGGAGAAAAUUAUGAGAAAAGCUUUUCUUAUUUGUUUAGGAAGGGAGAGAAUGAAAAGGAGGAGACAAAAGUUUUUUCUUCUAAUUUUUUUCCUUAUGGAGAGAUUAGACAAAAUUAAGAAAUCAAAUCUCUUCAAAUUUAUUUUUUAAAUACUUAGCUCUUCUAAAUUACUUCCUCCUAUUCAUAGAGAAUGAGAAAUUUUUUUAUUGGGCCAAUUACUGAAAAUGUGUUAUUUUUAUUUUUUUCAUUAUUUUUUACCUUUUUACUCUUAUUAGAACAACACAAUAACACAUAAAUAUCAAUGUCUUUUAUGAAAAAAGAGAGCUUUUCACCUACUUUCAAGUGAUCCCCCACCCCUCUUUGAUUUUGAUGCAAAACCCAAAUGCCAUAUUCUCUAUAAAUAAAAGAGAGUAUUAUCUAAAUAUAGGAAAUACAACCGUUUGAUUUUCUCUAUUUCCUUUUCUUUUAAUUUCCUCUAAUCAAAUAUAGUGUAAAUGCAUCUUUCUUUUUCUAUUCGCUUACAACUAUGAUUUUAUAAUGUAUUAUAUAUUAUUUAGCUAUUAUAUUAUAUAUACUUUUUAGAGUUUUCAUAGUUGAAAUAUAUUUGCAGUAAAGACUGGACUAGAGCUAAUUAAUUCGGGCUAUUGGUCGUCAUAUACUUUUAUUUUUCAAGUUUUAGUUUGGUGUAGUCAUUUUUAUCAGAAGGGAAUUAAGGAUAUAAAAACACUCAAAGAUCUGAAAAUGAGAAUAUAAAGACUCUUUAAAUAGUGGAACUGAGUCGAAAUAUUAUUAACAAGACAUCAAAAGUGCGUAUAUUUUCUUCAAGUUUCUUGGGUAUAUAUUGUAUUCAUUAAUCGAUUCAAUUUUUGCAUUGAAAUGACAAUUGUUGCAUUGUUUUUUUUAUACCAUGCAUUUUGGUAAUGACAAAUAUUGCAUUUUGUCAUAUAUGCAACCCUCACAUAUUUU